CUUUCAUUCCUCACCCAUCAUUUCUUUCUCUCUAUAUCUCUCUCUUUCUUCAUAUUUCCAUUCCUCUCUUAUUUCAACUGCAAAAAUUCCUCUCUUUUCUCAUAAUUUCACCAUCAGUUUCUGCGAUAAAAUAACUCUUCUCGUUUCGAUUUUGGCCUCUGUAUCCACAUCAGCGAUUUCCGUUUCAUUUUUUUUUUAAAAAAAGGAUUUAAAAAAAUGAAGAAAACAUGUGAGUUGUGUAAACAAGCGGCGCGGUUACACUGUGAGUCAGACCAGGCGAUCUUAUGCUGGGACUGCGACGCCAAGGUGCACUCCGCCAACUUUCUGGUGGCGCGGCAUUCGAGAAAUCUCCUCUGCCGCGUCUGCCAGUCGCCGACGUCGUGGUCCUCCUCUGGAUCCAAGCUCUCGCCGACCUACUCCUCCUGCCGAAAAUGCGCCGAUAAUUGCGAUGGCGAGCACGAGGAGGAAGAGAAGUCGGCGGCGGCGGCGGAGGAAGAAGAGAUGGCCGAGAAUCACGUCGCGCCGUGGUCGCCGCCGCCGGAGAGCUCUCUGAGUGGCGGUGAGGCUGCGCACGGCGGAGAAUCGGCGUCGAUCGUGAGGAAACGCAGCAGGCUCCACCACGAUCGUACCGCGAUUAUCGAAGAUCUGAAUAUCUGUACGGAUUCGGUGACGAGAGGAAUAGCGACGACGCGGUGCAAGUCCCGGAGAUCCGAAGGCCGUGAGGCGGUGGCGCCGCAGGAGGAGAGAGACGUUGAUCUGAAUUUGACACUGGGACUUUUCAGCCGCUGAUUAAGUAUUUUAGUGUUAGGAUUAGUAUUAAUGCGAGUUUUAGAAUUAGUUUAUUGGGAAAUGAUUUUACACGUUUAGAGUUUUUUUUAAUUGUUAUUGUGCAAUAUUUUACUACUACUAAUUUUUAUUGAUUGUGCUAUUUGGUGGUAGUAAUAGCUAAAAUGGGUAUAUUCUAAUUUCAUUCUGUUGCAGGAUGCAUAUAUAAAUAUUCAACAAAAUCUUAUGAAGUA